AAGAGCGACGUGCCGGUAGCCAGGUCGGCAGCCAGAUUGGCUAACAGAAUGGCUGGGCAUCGAGUGUUCCCACUUUCCUGUGUGGUGCAGCAGUAUGCCUGGGGGAAGAGGGGCUCCAACAGCGAAGUAGCGCGGCUGCUGGCCAGCAGUGACCCGCUGGCCCAUAUCUCAGAGGACAAGCCAUAUGCAGAGCUGUGGAUGGGAGCACACCCCCGGGGCGAUGCCAAGAUUCUUGACGACUACAUCUCACAGAAGACACUGGGCCAGUGGAUUGCUGAGAACCAGGAUUGCUUGGGUUCAAAAGUCAAAGAUGCCUUUAAUGGCAAGCUGCCCUUCCUCUUCAAAGUACUCUCAGUGGAAACAGCCCUAUCCAUCCAGGCACACCCCAAUAAGGAACUGGCAGAGAAGCUCCACCUCCAGGCUCCACAGCACUACCCUGAUGCUAACCACAAGCCAGAGAUGGCCAUUGCCCUCACCUCCUUCCAGGGCUUAUGUGGCUUCCGGCCUGUGGAGGAGAUCCUGACCUUUCUGAAGAAAGUGCCUGAGUUCCAGCUCCUAAUUGGGGACAGUGAGGCCACACAGCUGAGACAGAGUGUGAACAGCGACCCCCAGACGGUGGCUUCCGCUCUGCGCAGCUGCUUCUCCCACCUGAUGCAGAGCGAGAAGAAGACAGUAGUGGAGCAGCUCAAUAUAUUGGUGAAACGCAUCUCCGAGCAAGUGUCCACUGGGAACAACAUGGAUGACAUUUGUGGAAAGCUCCUACUUCGACUACACCAACAGUACCCAGGGGACAUUGGCUGCUUUGCCAUCUACUUUCUGAACCUGCUCAUGCUGAAGCCGGGAGAGGCCAUGUUUCUGGAGGCCAACGUGCCCCAUGCCUACCUGGAGGGAGAUUGCGUGGAGUGCAUGGCAUGUUCGGACAACACAGUGCGCGCUGGCCUGACACCCAAGUUCAUUGAUGUGCCAACCCUUUGUGACAUGCUGAACUAUACCCCUAGUCCCAGCAAGGACAGGCUCUUCCCACCAUUGCAGAGUCAGGAAGACCCCUACCUCUUCAUCUAUGACCCCCCAGUGCCAGACUUCACCGUGAUGAAGAUGGAGGUCCCCAGCUCUGUCACUGAAUAUAAAGUCUUGGUGCUAGACUCUGCCAGCAUCCUCCUGGUGGUGAAGGGAGCAGUGACAGCCAGCUGGCCCACAGCCCAAGCUGCCAUCCCUCUGCAGCGUGGUGGGGUGCUCUUUAUUGGGGCUAAUGAGUGCGUCACAUUGAAGCUUACUACACCCCAGGACCUGCUGCUAUUCCGGGCCUGCUGUCUGCUGUAGCAGCCACAGCCCUCCCAGCUGGUCACCAGCCCAAGCCCUUUGCUGCUCUGCAGUCCAAGCACACUCGAGAACACAGCAGCUUCAAGCUUGCAGGUUGAGACUCCAGUACAUGCUCAGCCUGAGCCAUCUUUGGGAUACACUCCUGACUCAUCACUUCUUGCCACACUCAAGCCAGGCCAUGUCAACUCCAGAGGUCCUAGCUCUGUGCCUUCCACUGCAUCAGGCUGUCUGGUGACACCUGUGGUCCUGACUUUGCCCAGCACCUGGCAGGAGGCUAAGAGCAGAGGUCUCGCCUAGGGCUGCUUUCUCCAGCUUCAGAGGACUAUGGGAAGGGCUGGAGGACUUGCCGUGUUGGCAGCCGCCUCUACUGUCCAGGCAAUUAAAGCUUGCUGUGUCCAGGCUGUGAGCAGAGCAUUCAUUCUGUGUUCUGUCCCUGCAGUAGGCUGGAAGAGCCCUCCCUGGAUGGUACCCAGGUUUUCCUUGGUUCCUCCUCAGUCAGUUCCUGGGGGUGGCUGGCCCAGCUCCAGAAUCUGCAAUGGAAGGAGUGGGCGAGGAAGCCAGCCUCAGCCUCAGCUGCACAUUUGCAGGCAGGCCUCAACGGAGAGGCAAGUUGAAGGGUGAUCAGCCAGCAGUGUGAGACCCUACUGAGCAUGGGUAGACACUCUAGGGGUUGGCCAGCCAAGGCCUGUGGGUGGUAGGCAAGCACUCUGCCACUGAACUAAAAUUGCUGGCUGGCAACCCUGCCAGAAAAACUUGCCAGGAGCCGGUGAGAUAGCUCCCGAGUUUAAUCCCUGAUUCCACAAAAAAAAAA